AUGCAUCUCUCGGUGCUGCUGCUGCUGCUGCUGCUGCUGCUGCUGAUGCUGCUGGUUUUAUGUGGUGCAUGCUUGACCUGGGAGCAUGAUGUCACUGCCUGUCUCCCUGCUUGUGCACAUCCCUUGUGGAAAAGAGGGUCAUGGCUUGUCGAUUGGGGAACUAUCCGUGUGUUGCCAGCUGCAAGCCCCCGCCAUCGGGGCGUGCCCAAACGACCUACGGCAGAGUCCAGCAUCGAUGGCGGUGGGAAGUACAGUGGCACUGAGCUGUCCCCAGGCUCCAAACCGACUUUAUUUUCUCUGCCCGUCCACCUGAUUUGUCCGUGUCUCGCUGUCAUCUUGGGUGAGCCCGGGCCGAGUGGUGGCACGAGGAGAGAGGGGAGAGGAGCAAGCCAGGAGGAGGGGCCAUGCAUACCCGCCUCUUACUUUGAUCUACCUGCACCACCACACUCUCUGACCCCCGUGAUCCAAGACCAUCUUGCGACCCUUCAGAAUCACCAAACACAACAUCCACCCGUUGAAACGUCCAUCGACGCGGUUGCAUCUCAUCUCGCACGGACACAGUCAGCACUGGUCCCUGGCACUCCACCCACCGCUUACUGGACGGGACUAACGCUUAGAGGUAGCCACCAGAACUCUUUCAUUCUCUUGCUGCUUGCUGGCCGGGAAUCCAUCAUCAACCCAGGCAAUUUUACCGUCGACUUUGCAGACUUUGCAUUGGUCCAGAGCAUUUUCGAUCAGGCACUUUUGCGGAUCGCUGCAGCAUCGAGUGUACGGUCCAAGGGAUCCAGCCAUCCAUUCACCCUACUCUCCCGACAUCAGCCGUUUUCCUUCAACAGUCACCGCUUUGUGUGUGUGUGUAUACAUUCGACCAACGACGACGACGAGGAGGAGGAGAGACUGACGCGCCGACUUCCACUUUCUGGGCAACGCGCAACUGAGGAAAGAAGUACCUGCACCUUUCAACACCACGUCCAACCCCCAUUCACCGCCAUCCCCUGCCCUGCCCUUCUUGAGGGCUCCAUAUUGCUCAAGUGCAACCUCUGCAUUGACCUGCGCGCGGCCCGAUCCAACUUCCUUCCAACUGCCAGAACGGGCCACUUCCACUUGUCCUCCAACGGCUCUGAACGCUCGCAUCAUCACAUUGCGCUGCCUGUGACCGCGAGGCUUCCCGCCAGCCCGCCAAAAACGCUUGCUCCCUCAUCUGGUGCGCACCACCCCGUUUCUUUGUCUGCCCCCACUCCCGCUGUGUGUGCCCCGGAGCCGGUGUGUCCUGUCACGCGAGAGGACGCUGCAUCAGGAAUGGAGCUGGACUCGAUUCUGAACACGCGAUUAACAGUCUACGCAGGAACAGCAGCGAACUUCACCAUGCAACACGCCAUGCAGCACGAGAUGCAGCAGCAGCACUUCGGUGCGCCGCCCUACAUGAACGGCGGCCGCAUCAAGUCGGAGAACGGCUCUGAACGUGGCGUCUCGCCCCAUCCGUCCGACUCGUCGCGUUACUCAUCGCAACAACCCCAACAGCCGCUCCCCUCUUAUCCCGCCCUCACUCCCCAGCACAUGAACAACAUGCGCUACCCUUCGCCCUCGCAAAUGCAGGCCCCUAUGCCCAUGCUCAACAACAACAAUUACAUUCCUCAACCGCCAGACCACACGUAUGCACCGCAGCAACAGCUGCCAGACGCGCAGGGCCAGCACAAUGGUGGUCGACCCGCGUCCGACACGGGUCCACCCAAAGCCUUCGCGUGUUCGACAUGUGGUAAGGGCUUCGCGCGACGCAGUGACCUCGCACGUCAUGAGCGCAUCCAUAGCGGCAUCCGUCCCCAUGUGUGCGACUACCCCAACUGCGGCAAGCAGUUCAUUCAGCGCUCGGCUCUGACCGUCCAUCAACGUGUCCACACUGGCGAGAAGCCUCACAUGUGCGAACGAUGCGGCAAGCCAUUCAGUGACUCGAGUUCUUUGGCUCGCCAUCGUCGCAUUCACUCUGGGAAGCGGCCGUACAAGUGCCCGUACGCGGAUUGCCAGAAGACAUUUACGCGCCGCACUACUUUGACCCGCCACCAGAAUCAUCACACUGGUACCGUUGAAGAGGCUGCCGCGGCCACAGCUGCUGCCCUGGCUUCGCGGGCUACUGCUCCCAGCCGAACAGGUCGUUCUGAUGGCGGCGACUACUCUCAGACUGCGUCUCCCCUCAACACCCCCUCCCCGAACGACCGCACUCUUUCCCUCUCACCCGCCAAUGGCAUGGGUGCAGGUUUCGUCCCUGGCAUGCACCGUCAGACUUCUGACUUUGCCUACGCGGGCAACAUGAAUGUUCCCCCUCAUAUGCGUAACGAGAUGCCCCAGCCUAGCCCACGUGCUUCGCCAGCCCUUACUCCACAAUCGUACGCAUCCAGCGUUAGCGGGUCACGACCGCCCAUCACCUCUCACCCCAGUGGCGGAUAUGGCCCACCACAGAUACUUGAGCCUCCCACGACGGCCAAUCACAACCAGUCUGGAACCAACAGUGCAAAUGGUAGUCCUCAUAUGACAGCCAUGAGCUGGCAGUCACCAUCACAACAGGCUCUUCCCUCUCCUGGAGGCGCCGACAAUGGCUACGUUUACCCUGAGCCGCAAUAUCAGCAACAGAACAGCAUGUACUACCAGAAUCCCACUCUUCGGCGACCGACCAGCACUGAUCCCGACCAUUACAACCCCAACCAGCAGCGGAUGGGCAAUGACAUCUUUCAAAGUGAGCUAGAUGUGGAUAACAGGAGUUGGGCGUUUGUCGCGCGAGAUGGAUUGCAGACGGUGGAUCAGUCGGGGCUUCCUCGACCUUGGCGAUACGCAAUGACUGUGGCCGUGCACAACCUCCUUCAUCAUAGCCGCGCACUGGCCGCUUCUGCCGGCGCCCAUUACGCGGAGUCGCUUGGCCUCUCCGACUCAACACCAAGCUUGCCACCGUUCCGACCACGUUCUCACAACUCCCCCACACAUCACCAGCAACAACGGGUCGCGCGCUCUCUUUGGCUGUCUUGCCGAGUCUCUCCACAAAAUUCCAGCAUGUCAAAAGUUGUCAGGAGUGUCAAGAACGUGACCAAGGGUUACUCGCAGGUCGAAGUCAAGGUCCGCAAUGCGACCAGCAACGAUCCAUGGGGUCCAGUAGGAUCCGACAUGGCCGAGAUCGCCCAGAUCACCUUCAACAACUCGACCGACUUCUAUCAGGUCAUGGACAUGUUGGACAAGCGCCUCAACGACCGGGGCAAGAAUUGGCGCCACGUGCUAAAGUCCCUCAAAGUACUCGACUAUUGCCUGCACGAAGGUUCUGAGCUCGUAGUUACGUGGGCGCGCAAGAACAUUUACAUCAUCAAGACAUUGCGAGAGUUCCAGCACAUUGAUGAAGACGGUCGCGAUGUCGGCCAGAAUGUGCGAAUGGCGGCCAAGGAGCUGACCUCGCUCAUCAUGGACGAGGAACGGCUGCGAGCAGAACGUGCCGACCGCAAGUCUUGGAAGUCACGAGUCACAGGCAUCGAAGAGUUCCCAGGAGGAUCACACCACAACGGCGAAGGCUCGCACAGGCCACCUAGGAUCAAUGAGCGCCGAACGCGUCGAAACGAGGAAGAGGAUCUCGAGCUCAGGCUAGCUCUUGAGGCAAGCAAGAACGAGGCGGAAGAGGAGAAGAGGCGCCGAGAACGUAGCAGUGCGGCUGCAGGCGACGAUGACGACCUAGCAAAGGCCAUCAGGUUGAGUAAAGAGGAGGAAGAGCUGCGUCGGAAGGAGCUGGAGCAGACGAAUGCGGAUCUUUUGUUUGGCGAUGCGCCUGCUCAGCCGACCUCGUAUCAGCCAACUGGGAACAACCAAGGCUAUCAGCAGCAGGGCCAAGUUGACUGGUUUGGCAAUCUCGUGGACCAGAACCAACAGCAGCCCCAAAAUACUGGUUUCCUGAACAACGCAUAUUCCCAGCCCACUGGCAUGCAGCCUCAACAAACCGGGUUCCAGAACGGAUAUGGUGGCUACAACGGUUUCCAACAACAGCAACAACCUGCUGGUUUUGACCAGUUCGGAAAUCCACAGGCGCAGUACUUGCAACCGCAGCAGCCCCUUCAGCCCCAGCAGACUUCAUUCAACAUGAACAACCCCUAUGGACAAUUUGGUGGUGGUUUUGGUGGGGAUAUGAGUCAACAACAGCAGCUGCAACAGCAGCAGCAGCAACAACCACAGCAGGAUCAGAACAGCCUACAGCCUGGAAGCCAUAACCCAUGGGCUGCGAACAAGCCGCAGGAAUCAUUGAUGCCUCAGCCUACUGGCUCUAACAAUCCCUUUGCCCAAGGGUUCAGCCGACCACAGACGACCCCAUCUUUCACGCAGCCAACACUUAGUACCUUGUCCGAGCAAAAGACGCAGACGCAGUUCAGCAAUACGCCAUUCAAUAACUCUGCAUCUUUCUCAACACCGCCGCCACCGCAGCAACAAGCGCCGCAAAAAGAAAUGGACCCCCACACUGCAAGACUCAAUUCUCUCCUUGCCACGGGAGAAGGGCAGGAUACAUUUGGUAACGUUGGCAAUCUUCGUCUGCCUGCUCAGCACACGGCCCCUGGAACCUUUGUCAACUCGGCUGGUUCUGGCUUGAAUCGCAUCAACGCCAACGCAACUGGCAAUAACCCGUUUCUCAAUUCUCAAUUCACUGGCCUGCCGCAACAGAACCGCUUGAUGCCUGCUCAGACCGGACCCGCUGGUAACUUUGGCGCCAACCCGUACGGCAGUGCCAACCCAUUCGGCGCCCAACAGCAGCCCAACCGCCAGCCAGGUGCCAACAAUCUGAUUGAUCUAUAG